CAAAAAUUAGAAAAUUAAGAUUAUUUUGUAAUUGUAAUUUGUUUGGUAAAACAACAAUUUCUAAACAGGGAGAAAAGGAGAGGGAAAAAGUGGUAACUCACUCGAAUCUGAUCUCUUAAUUCGAUCUACUUCAUAAUACUGUUUAUUAUGACCUUCACAUAAAUUCCUCCCUAACCCAGCUCUAAAACCCUCUGAAAUGGAUUGCCCAAGCAAAUUAAACAACCCCUGAUUUUGAUUUGGAGCCUCGAUCUCCAAUUGGUCGUCCCGUUGCUGGGCUUGUGCCUAGCGAUUGCAAUGGUGGUCUGCAAAUGCCGCAAGGCGACCAAGUUGUAUUGCUUCGUCCACAAGGUACCAGUUUGCGGAGAAUGUGUAUGCUUCCCGGAGCACCAAAUUUGUGUGGUGCGUACUUACUCCGAGUGGGUUAUUGAUGGGGAGUACGAUUGGCCUCCUAAAUGCUGCAAUUGCCAAGCUGUGCUGGAAGAGGGGUCGAACCCUCAAACGACGAGAUUGGGCUGUUUGCAUGUUAUACAUACUAGUUGCUUGGUGUCACACAUUAAGAGUUUUCCUCCACACACUGCGCCUGCUGGGUACGUCUGUCCAGGCUGUUCAACCUCGAUAUGGCCUCCAAAAAGUGUGAAAGAUUCGGGAUCACGUCUUCAUUCAUAUCUAAAAGAAGCAAUACUGCAGACGGGUUUGGAGAAGAACUUGUUUGGCAACCAUCCAGUUUCGCUUGGAACAGAGACCAGAAGCCCUCCUCCAGCAUUUGCCUCAGAACCACUGAUGCAUCCAUCUGCUGGAAAAGAUGCCGUGCCUACUGCAACGGGCUUUACAAGGCCCGCCAGUUUGGAUAUAGUGGAAACUGAUGGGCCGAGCUCAGCAACAUCAUCAUUGCCCAACCAUGAGCCUAAUUUUAGUAAAAGCUCUAGUCCACCUGGGCCUGGUGCUACAACUCGGAAAACUGCACUGCAAGUCGAAAGGCAGAACUCUGAGGUCUCAUAUUAUGCAGAUGAUGAAGAUGCAAACAAGAAGAAAUAUUUGCGAAGAGGUACAAUUCGUCAUAAGUUCCUGAGGUCAUUGCUGCCUUUCUGGUCAAGUGCAUUGCCAACUCUACCAGUGACUGCCCCUCCAAGAAAAGAUGCAUCCCACACAGAUGACUCCUCAGAGGGUCGUACAAGACACCAUAAGUCUUCUAGAAUGGAUCCCAGAAAACUUCUCUUAGUUAUAGCUAUCAUGGCUUGCAUGGCCACGAUGGGUAUAUUGUAUUACAGAAUUGCACAAAGGGAUUUAGGUGAAGAUUUGGCCUAUGAUGAGGUCCAGUGAUCAACGGUUUUCUUUCACCAAAUUCAUUUCGGUACACUCGAUCGACUGCCACUAUGUAACGUUCUUUCGGCCACUCGUUCUUUGUGCUCUGCGUGUUUUCAUGUCAAAAGAUCGUUUUUUGUGGCUCAACUCUGACUGUAUUUGUUUCUGCAUAACCGAGUUUGACAAGCCGUUUGGAUGUAGAAGGUACUCACUCACCAGAGAUUGCAACUUGUGAUCUCUUUUAAUGUUUAGAAAUACACUUUCUUUACCCGAAUUGACUGUAUUUGUCAGUUUCGUUGUUUAUUUUGGUCUCAACUUCAAAAGAAUAGAUUUUCAUGCCCAAGUCUGGUCAUGGUUUAACUGUUUAACUGCUAUCUUAAUUUUCUUUUUUCUGCUUUUGUACCCUAUAGUCUGAAUAAAUGAUCAUAUUUUCGAUGGUAAAUUCAAGCUCAUGCGCAUUUGGUUUUUUAUUUAAUUAA